UCUUCCCCGCCCGCUCAGCGGAGGCGCUGGGAGCUCAGCCAUGGCCAUCUGCAGAGAAGUCGGGGGGUUCUCCGCCUGGGACUAUGUGGUCUUCGGGGCCAUGCUGUUCAUCUCGGCGGGCAUCGGGGUAUACUACGCCUUCGCGGGAGGUGGCCAGAACACCCGCGAAUCCUUCUUGAUGGGGGGCCGCCGCAUGACAGCCUUUCCCGUGGCGCUCUCCUUAACGGCCAGCUUCAUGUCGGCGGUGACAGUCCUAGGAACCCCCGCCGAAAUCUACCGCUUCGGGAUCAUGUUCUUCUUCUUCGCGAUCACCUACAUUGUGGUGGUGGUCGUGAGCGCCGAGAUCUUCCUGCCCGUCUACUACCGCCUGAAUAUCACCAGCACCUACGAGUACUUAGAAAUGCGAUUUAAUAAACAGCUGCGUCUGUGUGGAACAGGGCUCUUCCUUAUACUGACGAUACUUUACACUGGAAUUGUCAUUUAUGCUCCAGCCUUAGCUUUAUAUCAAGUUACAGGAAUUCAUUUAUGGGGUGCAGUUGUUGGAACAGGAAUAGUCUGUACUUUCUAUUGCGCACUGGGUGGACUAAAAGCAGUGAUUUGGACAGAUGUUUUUCAAGCUGUAAUCAUGAUAGCUGGAUUCUUAGCUGUGAUUAUACGUGGUACAAUAGUACAAGGUGGUUUUGGAAAUAUAAUAAAUGAUACAUACCAUGGAGGAAGGUUACAUUUCUGGGACUUCAAUCCUAAUCCUUUGCAAAGGCAUACAUUCUGGACCAUUAUUAUAGGUGGGACUUUUACCUGGCUUGGUAUAUACGCAGUCAAUCAGUCUCAAGUUCAGCGAUAUCUUUCCUGCAAAAACAGUUUUCAAGCAAAAUUAUCUCUUUAUUUAAACCUCGUGGGACUAUGGAUAAUUCUUUCGUGUGCAGUGUUAUGUGGAUUAAUAAUGUACUCCAUUUUUAAGGACUGUGACCCUUGGACAGUAAAAUGUGUGUCAGCACCAGACCAGCUCAUACCUUAUUUGGUAUUGGAAAUUCUACAAAACUAUCCAGGAAUGACAGGCCUUUUUGUUGCUUGUGCUUACAGCGGAACGUUAAGUACAGUGUCCUCUAGCAUCAGUGCUUUAGCUGCUGUGACUGUAGAGGACCUCAUUAAACCUUAUUUUGCAUUCUCUGAACUUAAAUUAUCUUGGAUUUCUAAGGGGAUGAGUUUGUUUUACGGUGCAGUGUGCAUUGCUAUGGCUGCCUUGGCAUCAGUUUUAGGAGCUUUGUUACAGGCAGCACUGACCAUUUUUGGCAUGAUUGGUGGGCCUCUCCUGGGAAUCUUUUCUCUGGGCAUCCUUUGUCCCUUUGCCAACUCUAUGGGCACAUUUAUAGGUCUCGUUUGUGGAUUUGUUCUUACCAUUUGGAUUGGAAUUGGCUCUCAUGUUUAUAAGCCGCUGCCAUCUAGGACCCUGCCAUUACAUCUUUCAGUUACAGGCUGUAACAUAAGCAGCGUAAGCAUAGGAGGUUACGCUAUGACUCCCACAGACCUGCCAGCUCUCGUAAUGGAAACUAGUGAGAGACCAGUCCUUGCAGAUUAUUUGUAUUCCUUAUCCUAUCUGUACCUAAGCACGGUUGGAACUCUGAUGACAGUUGCUGUGGGAAUAGUCGUUAGCCUUUUGACAGGAGGACUUCAGCAGAAAGUGGACAAAAAAUUACUACUCAACAAAGAGGAUCUUUUUUGUAACUUCUCAUUUUUUAAAUCGAAAGAAGAGACUGAGAAAGUUUUAAAUUGGAAACCAUCCAAUGAAGGAAUUGUCAACCCAGCCUUCAAUCAUAUUGAAAUGAAUACCACAGACAGUAGAAAAGGAAAUGGUGUUCAUAUGUGAAAAUGCUCUUGGACACUGUGCUGAAGUUGGCAGCUAUUUCAAAUUUUUUAUUAUGAAAUAGGGCUAAAGUUUUGCUCAUGAGAAUGCAGUAGUCAUUGCUCACAUAAGAAAUUUCAUCCUAACCAGAAGUUUUGUCAACACCUAUCUUAAUUUCUCUCCAUAUUAGCUGGGACAUUGUUAAAGAAUACAUUGUGCAAAAAAUAACUGAAAUAUAUAGAACCAAUAACAAAUCUAACAUUGCUGAUUUCAGAAGAUAUGUGAAGCACAUUUUGGAAAUUAAUACCUCAGGCUUAAUGUGUGCACAGUGAAAA